UAAUUGGCAAAAAUAUUAAGUCUAUUUUUUUUAAAAUGCAGAAGCAUCCUAAAUUUGAUCAUCUGCAAUUGGACUUGCACAGAAAUAGUUCAAAAUUCCGUGUCCUGGUCGGUUUGACUGGUAGUGUAGCUGCACUCAAGGCACCUUUGUUGGUAACACAACUACUUGAAAUUCCAGGGGUUGAUGUACGUGUGGUCACCACAGACCAUGCCACUCAUUUUUAUGAUUUUGCUGAAGUCCCUGUCCCUGUCUACACAGAUAAGGAUGAGUGGGAGAUGUGGUCAAAGCGCUCUGAUCCUGUGCUUCAUAUCGAACUUAGACGUUGGGCGGACCUUUUAGUCAUUGCCCCACUGGAUGCAAACACACUUGGCAAAAUUGCAAGUGGGAUUUGUGACAACCUUCUGACAUGUGUAGUGCGUGCCUGGGACACAACCCGUCCUCUGCUCUUCUGUCCUGCUAUGAACACAGCCAUGUGGCAGCACCCUAUCACUGCACAGCAAGUGGCCACACUUAAAGGCUUUGGCUACAUUGAGAUCCCCUGUAUUGCCAAAAAACUUGUCUGUGGAGAUGAAGGUAAAGGUGCCAUGGCAGAGGUUUCAACUAUUGUUGAUGCUAUAAUACAAUACCUCCAAAAACCUGCUGAAUGACCCCGUAUUUAUCAUACCAGGGCCAGCGAUCAGGAGAGACAAGGUUACAAUCAACAACAAAAAAGACAAAUUUAAGGUGUUUGUAUGUUGUAUACAGGUUUGAUAUUUUAGUCUUUUACAAUUAUUGUGAAAUAAUAAUUAUUGUGAUGCAAUAAUGAAUUUUUUUCAUGCAUCUUUGUAAUGGUUAUAAUCUUUAUAUCUAUUGAUUUAUGCACAGAAAUGUCAAAUAAAUUAUUUUUUUGAUAUUGAAAACAUGGCUCUGCCUCUAAGCUUUUGACAGAUGUUUAAUUUCUUAAGUUAUUCCUCAGCCUUUGGAACCGUUGUGCCCUGGUAACUGGUCCUUAAUAUGAAAUGAAGUUCCAGAUGUAAGUUCGGGAGGAGAUCGCUCAUCUUGUCCUACCAUAUCUCAAGGUUAUAUAAGCUGCCUCUUCCCUCACUUCAAUGGCAAUCCUAACAGCAUCCCUCUGCCUCCCCAUCGCCACCUUUAAAUUUCUUAACACCUACAUAAUUUAUUAUAUCAAAAUUCUCUUUUAUAUUCCUUGCAUUAGUCUGAUUGUCGAGGGGGGUAUCUUAGAGCUCAAGCCUAGUCUUGUGCUCGAGCCCAUCCGAUAUGAACAAUACGCCAGAUUUGUUUACCUUAAUAUGCUCUAGGACUAUAUGAACCAGUGAACUUGUGAAACUAAUUAUGAUAGAUGAUAAGACUCCCACAGCCUAUUUGACAAUAACCAUCAGAGUUAUUACCACAGACCUUAUAUAAUACUUAUGACCAAUUAAGAGACAGACAGGAUAUCAUGUUGGACAUCACUUACAGUACUAAACAAUGUAGUCCUCAUAAGUUUCAUACAGUGAGAUGUGCUCACUGUAUCAAAUAAAUCAGUCCAUAAAAGAGGUAAUCACAGGUGCUCGGAUUUCAUAAUGCAAUGUGUCUGUCCAGCAGUGUCAGAUUGCAAGGGAUAAUACUGUUUUUGUGGUCAAUCAAUUCUCAGUUCCAGCAUAUUUUCUGUAUACAGACAUGGUCAACCCUGUUCUACAGUAUAUUUUCAUGACAAUAUUUAAUUUCAAUAAAGUACUGCAGUAUUAAUUAAACAGUACUGAUUCUGUAUGCUUUCAAAAAUAUUUAGACAG